AUGACCCUUCCCAGUUCCUCCAGCGUCUUGGAAGACAAGAUGUGUGAGGGGAACAAGACCACCACGCCCAACCCCCAAAUGAUUCCCCUGGUGGUGGUCCUGAGCGCCAUCUCCUUGGUCACAGUGGGACUCAACCUGCUGGUCCUGUAUGCUGUGCGCAGCGAGCGGAAGCUACACACGGUGGGGAAUCUGUACAUCGUCAGCCUCUCGGUGGCCGAUCUGAUCGUGGGGGCCAUCGUCAUGCCCGUGAACAUCCUCUACCUCCUCAUGUCCAGGUGGUCCCUGGGGCGCCCUCUCUGCCUCUUUUGGCUCUCCAUGGACUAUGUGGCCAGCACAGCAUCCAUUUUCAGCGUCUUCAUCUUGUGCGUUGAUCGCUACCGCUCUGUGCAGCAGCCCCUCAGAUACCUGAGGUAUCGUACCAAGACCCGAGCGUCGGCCACCAUCUUGGCGGCCUGGUUUCUCUCCUUCCUGUGGGUUAUUCCCAUUCUGGGCUGGCAUCGCUUCAUGUCGAAGACCUCAGGGCACCGGGAGGACAAGUGCGAGACGGACUUCUACAAUGUCACCUGGUUCAAGGUCAUGACUGCCAUCAUCAACUUCUACCUGCCCACCUUGCUCAUGCUCUGGUUCUAUGCUAGGAUCUACAAGGCUGUACGGCAGCACUGUCAGCACCGGGAGCUCAUCAGUGGAUCCCUCCCGUCCUUCUCUGAAGAUAAGCUGAAGCCAGAGGACCUCAGCGUGGGUGCUAAGAAACCAGGGAAGCAGUCUCCCUGGGAGGUUCUGAAAAGGAAGCCGAAAGAUGCCGGUGGUGGACCUGUCUUGAAGCCAGCAUCCCAAGACCCAAAGGAGAUAAAGUCUCCAGGUGUCUUCAGCCAAGAGAAGGAUGGAGAACUGGACAAAUUCCAUUGCUCCCCACUUAACAUUGUGCAGACGCAGAUGGAGGCAGACGGGAGUGGCAGGGAACACGUAGCCAUCAACCAGAGCCAGAGCCAGCUCGAGAUGGGCGAGCAGGGCCUGAACAUGCAUGGGGCCAAGGAGGUAUUAGAGGAUCAGAUCCUAGGUGAUAGCCAGUCCUUCUCCCGGACAGACUCAGACACCCCCCCAGAGUUGGCACCCGGGAAAGCCAAAUCGAAAAGUGAGUCUAGCACAGGCCUGGAUUAUAUCAAGUUCACCUGGAAGAGGCUUUGCUCACAUUCAAGACAGUACGUGUCUGGGUUGCACAUGAACCGAGAACGGAAGGCCGCCAAACAAUUGGGUUUUAUCAUGGUGGCCUUCAUCGUUUGCUGGAUUCCUUACUUCAUCUUCUUCAUGGUCAUUGCCUUCUGCGAGAGCUGCUAUAACCAACAUGUGCACAUGUUCACCAUCUGGCUGGGCUACGUCAACUCCACGCUGAACCCCCUCAUCUACCCCUUGUGCAACGAGAACUUCAAGAAGACGUUCAAGAAAAUUCUGCACAUUCGCUCCUAA